AUGCACGGGAAAUUGUUGAUCGUUUUGGCGCUGCAGAUGGCGGCCUUCGUCGCUGCCGAAGACGUGGAUACGGCCGUCACGGAGACCAAGCUGACCAGAGCGAUGGACGAGCUGAAUCGAAAGGAGAGCAUCGGGAUCUACGGAGACAUGGUCACUCUGGAGAAGGUGGACGUGGACGAGGACGCUGAAACGAGAGCCAGCGAGGACCCUCUGGUGAGCAGGAUCGAGAAGUUCUUGAGGACACGCAAGGUUCAGAUUCACUUCCCCACCGAUGGAUCUACUGCUGACGUGUUUGGUCGAGCUCUGGGGCAGAAGGACGUCGGGGUUGAACUUAGGGCACUGACGACCGGAGCUUCCGAAGCCCGCACGAAGCUGAAGAAGAUCCUGCUGCCGCUCCUGCUGGCCCUGAAGCUGAAAGCCAUGAUCGUCCUGCCGAUCGUGAUCACUCUGAUAGGCUUGAUAGGCAUCAAAGGACUAGGCGCUGGCCUGAUGUCCCUCCUCCUCUCCGGAGCCGUAGCCCUGAAGGCGCUGCUGUCGCCACCUCCACCUUACCCUGCCAGAGUAUCUUACGGAAUAGUGAAGCCCGAGAUCCACCACGAGCAGUGGCACAGGUCCCAGGAAGAAGUCAAUCAACCCUACAGGGGUUGGGCGCCUGAGUUCGGUCCGGAGCAGUACCCCUACCAGGACCUGCCCUGA